AUGGUUGAACAAACUGUGGCAGUGUCCCAUGUCGAUGAUGAAAAGACUCGAGCUUUAGCGGCAUAUAGGCGAAAGUUAGUGGAAUAUCGUGAAGUCGAACAGCGAUUAAAGGAAUUGAGGAAAAAAGAACAAGAAAUGCAAAAAGAACAUGAUAAGUCCGAAAACGAUAUAAAAUCCUUGCAAUCCGUUGGACAGAUCGUUGGUGAAGUCUUAAAACAAUUGACUGAUGAAAAAUUCAUCGUAAAAGCAACGAAUGGACCGCGCUAUGUUGUUGGGUGUAGACGGUCCAUCAAUAAAGAAGCUCUCAAACAGGGAACUCGAGUAGCGCUUGAUAUGACCACAUUAACAAUAAUGCGGCAAUUGCCUCGUGAAGUCGAUCCUCUAGUUUAUAAAAUGAGUCGCGAAGAUCCAGGAAGCAUUUCAUAUUCAGAAGUAGGGGGACUGAACGAGCAAAUUCAAUUGCCUUUGAUAAAUCCUGAUCUCUUUCGUCGAGUUGGGAUAACUCCUCCUAAAGGAUGCUUAUUAUAUGGUCCUCCCGGUACUGGAAAAACUCUACUUGCUAGAGCGGUGGCUUCUCAACUUGACUGCAAUUUUCUCAAGGUUGUAUCGUCGGCUAUUGUUGAUAAAUACAUAGGUGAAUCAGCUCGGAUGAUACGUGAAAUGUUCAAUUAUGCCAGAGACCAUCAACCAUGCAUUGUUUUUAUGGAUGAAAUUGAUGCCAUAGGAGGUCGUCGAUUUUCGGAGGGUACUUCGGCGGAUCGUGAAAUUCAACGCACGCUUAUGGAAUUGCUUAACCAAAUGGAUGGAUUUGAUUCUCUAGGUCAAGUGAAAAUAAUCAUGGCAACAAACAGGCCAGACACUUUGGACCCUGCUCUACUGCGUCCAGGUCGUCUUGACCGUAAGAUUGAAAUUGGCUUGCCUAAUGAACAAAGUCGGCUUGAGGUCCUUAAAAUUCAUGCUAACAAAAUUACUAAACAUGGAGAAAUCGAUUAUGAGGCUGUUGUUAAGUUAUCAGACGGGUUUUCCGGUGCUGAUCUUCGAAACGUUUGCACAGAAGCAGGUUUGUUCGCUAUUCGCGCUGAACGUGAAUACGUUAUUGAAGAAGAUUUUAUGAAAGCUGUACGUAAAGUUGGUGAUGCUAAGAAAUUAGAAACGAAACUUGAUUAUAAGCCUGUUUAA